AUGCUGUCUGACCCGUUCGGAUCGCUCCUGCGCCGGCCAGAAUGGAGAGCCAGAGGCAGCGGAAACUUCAGCCCCCGAUUCCAGCUGGCUGUGCUGGGCUGCCGGAGGCCUGAGCAGGCAGGGCCCCAGGAGAGGCAAGCCCCAAGCUUGCCCACUUGGGCAGAGGAUCCUCCUCGGAUCAUCACCGGGUACAAAGCUGUGAGCUGUCCAGAUCUUCCUGCAGGUGUCUCGGAGGACAUCGCCGCAGCUGGGGAGGCAAACACAGCCUCUAUCUUCAUCCUGACAAAGCAGGCCACCGCUGGCCCAGAGGCUGAGCCAGCUGCCGACAAGCAGGUGCUUGCAGCUCUCCUGCCUACGGAGGGAACAGAAGCAAGGAGGCAGGUCAGGAGUGGAGACGAGCCGCAGGGAGCAGCAGCUAAUUUCUCUUCUGGGUCGCUCCAAUGUUUGCCUAGCGGAAGAGGAGCCCGAGUCCGGCGGAGCUCAGCGGCAGGAGCCUCCUCGGCGGCGCAGCCUCCGGCGCGCACUGGUGGGCUGCGGAGCUCCGUAAAAGCCCUUCCUGGGAUGCGGCUCUCGCUAAACGCCGUAGGCAGAAUACAUAACCCGGGAGGCUACGAGCCCAUCCUCCUCGCCGGACCUGCGGGGUGAUGGAUGUGCCUUUUGUUCCAGUGCUCGCAGCACUCCCCGCCGGCCCCGCCAACUCGGCGCUCCUGCAGAGCUGCUUCGCUGCUGGCAGCAGUGCCGGGCAGCGCUGGGGGCACUGGGCACGGCAGGUGAGGCACUGCAGGGGGCACCCCGGGCAGAAACCCGACAGGACGCAACCGAUAUUGGCAAUUUUACAGACUUGAACAAGGCAGUGAUUACAGCAAAACCAGAGAGAUCAGUGUUGCUCUCCUGCCCAGCAGCGGCCGCUCCACAUAGCCAAGGAGAGGACAAGAAGCUGACCAAUAACUUGAAUCCUUUUCAAAGAGUAAAAUCCCUUUUCUUUAAUAACAUCUCCCUUUAAAAGGACGUUUGCAUUUUUGCAGCCAGCUGAACAAACACAGUAUCAGAUGGAGUCCCUCUUUCUCCUCCCAGCAUGCUCAUGGCUGGAAUAUGCAAAGCUUUAAUCUCCGUUUAUAAGAAUAUUAGUUAAUAAAAUUUACACUCAGUGUUGCUAGGGAGUCCAAAUGGCAAAUCAUGAUGCUCUCGGUACCCGGAGAUGGUUGACAAGGUAUUAGUAAUCUGGGCUGCAAUACCCUUCUGUCAUGCUGCAAUACAGGAAGUGUGUUUGGUGCACUAAUGUGAGCAACAAGAGAUGGAAUUUUACUGCUAUACUCCUUCUGCUGAAUCCUGAGAUCCUUUAUAAGGACUUGGCUUUUAAAAAGAAUGGUCAUAACAUGAUGCUUUUAGUGUGAGGAGGCAAAGUUUGCCAGUGAUUGCCUAAGGAGACCACUUCUAAGCGACCGUUUGGGAACUUGGGCAUCCCUUUUACUAUGUCUGAUUUAAAGGGAACAUCUGCCCUGGGGUCUGGUUGGUUGGACAGGGCUGGGUGCUAGGUUGGGCUGGAGGAGCUUGGAGCUCUCUUCCAACCUGGCUGAUUCUAAUCUAUGAAAGAAAAGGUCCCUGUCUCUCUGACAGGGUUUAAGAUGUUCCCUGGAUGCUACAGCUGGUGCAGAUGCAGAGCCUGCAGCAUUCUGGGAAGGCUGCAGUGGUGCUGCUGCUGCUCUGCCUGUGCUCUGGAGAGAGAAGCCAGUUAGACCAAUCAGCUGCACUUGUGGCAUUGCAGCUGCAGCAGGUGCAGGAGUUCCUUGUGUUGCAUCACAGGCACUUGGGUUGCUAACAAAAUAGCAAUCACCAUGGGAUCUGUGGAAAUGUGGUCUUACCAAGCACCUCUUUCAAGGGCUGCAGGGAAGCCCUCUGGAGCACCAUUUAAUCCAAUUGUUGUAGCCAUCAAUUAUUUUCAUUAGAAGGCAGAUAAAAGAGCAAGAUGCUGAAUUCUGAGCGCUCCAAAAAGUGGUGAACAAAACCUUCCCAGGUACUUCAACAUCUCCUUGAGCUGCAAAGAAGUAAUUAAAAUUUCAUUUUUGU